AUGUCAACUCUUGCAUUAAAAUCUUCUAUUUCAAGAAUUGCUAAGGCCACUGGUUCUAGUUCUAGAGCUAGAAGUUCAACCUUUUUAUUAUCAGGUUUAAUUGGUACUGGUGCUGUUGCUUCAUACUUAUAUUACAAUAACAAUAAAAACAACAAUAAUAAUAACAACAACAAUGGUAAAAUCGUCAAGCCAUUAUUAGGAGCUGCAAUUAUUAAAAAUGCUCAAAUUCCAGAAGGUAAAGGUAUUCAAGAUUAUCAAUCUGUUUAUAAUGCCAUUGCUUCUAAAAUCGAAGAACAUCUUGAUUUCGAUAAAGGUGCUGGUUACUAUGGUCAAUUAGUUAGAUUAUCAUGGCAUACCUCUGGUACCUAUUCUAAAUAUGAUAACACUGGUGGUUCAUAUGCAGGUACCAUGGUUUAUGCUCCAGAAUCAUCUGAUGGUGAAAAUGCUGGUUUAGCUGUUGGUAGAGACUUUUUAGUUGAAUUUAAAGAUAAAUUUCCUUGGAUUUCAAGAGGUGAUUUAUGGACUUUAGGUGGUGUUGUUGCUGUUCAAGAAGCUGGGGGUCCAAAAGUUCCUUGGAGACCAGGUAGAACUGAUCUUUAUGAUGCUGCUUCUGUUCCAGCCAAUGGUAGAUUACCAGAUGCUUCAAGAGAUGGUAAAUAUGUUCGUGAUUUAUUCAAAAGAAUGGGUUUCAAUGAUAGAGAAACUGUUGCUUUAAUUGGUGCUCAUUGUUUAGGUCAAUGUCAUACUUAUAAUUCUGGUUUUGAUGGUGCUUGGGGUCCACAAUUUAACAGAUUCACUAAUGAUUUCUACGUCAGAUUAUUAGGUGGAUGGCACGUAAGAAAAUGGGAUGGUAAGAAACAAUACCAAGAUGAUGAAACUAAUACUUUCAUGAUGUUACCAACCGAUAUUGCCUUAAAGGAAGAAUCUUAUUUCCUCAAAUAUGUUAAAGAAUAUGCUAAAGAUGAAGAAUUAUUCUUCAAAGAUUUCGCCAAGGCUUAUAGUACCUUAUUAGAAUUGGGUGUUUCUUACCCAAGAGGUUCAAAGCCAUUUAUCUUCAAAACUGUUGAAGAACAAGAAGACGAGUAA